AUGCAGUAUGGGGUAGGUGAACCUGCACCGGAAGAUGGCGAGAUCGAAACUAACUACCACGAAACUGUGGAGAGUUUUGACCAAUUGGGCUUGCGUGACGAAGUUUUGCGUGGUAUUUAUCAGUACGGCUUCGAGCGUCCUUCUGCUAUCCAGCAGCGUGCGAUUUUGCCCUGUCUACAGGGCAGAGACGUCAUUGCCCAAGCCCAAUCGGGUACAGGCAAAACCGCAACGUUUACUAUCAGUAUUUUACAAAAACUGGACACUAACUUGACAAAGUGUCAAGCUCUGGUUCUCGCACCUACAAGAGAAUUGGCAAAACAAAUUCAAUCAGUGAUUCAAAAGAUCGGCCACUUAUUAAAUGUGAAGUGCUAUGCUUGCAUUGGUGGCACGCGUCUGCAACAAGAUCUUCAAGUUCUUCCUGAGGGGCAGCAUGUCGUGGUCGGCACACCCGGUCGUGUUUUCGAUAUGAUGGAACGCCAGGUUCUAUCGACGGACUACAUUAAAAUAUUUGUCCUAGACGAGGCUGACGAGAUGCUCUCUCGCGGUUUCGAGACGCAAAUACAAAACAUUUUUAGUUGUCUGCCAGAUACGGCGCAAGUAAUUCUUCUCUCGGCUACUAUGCCGCCGGAGAUCUUUGAAAUCACGAAAAAAAUGAUCAAAGACCCAGUGAAAAUUCUCGUCAAGAAGGAGGAGCUUACUUUGGAUGGCAUUCGUCAAUUCUAUAUUCAAGUGAAGCUGGAGGAUUAUAAGUUGCCGACUUUGUUGGAUUUGUACACCGUUUUGGAUCUUGGUCAGGUUGUGAUCUUCGUGAACACCGUCAAGAAAGCAAUAAACCUCAAGGAGGAACUUGUACGUCGAAAGUUCAAAGUGUCGUGUAUUCAUAGUGACUUGACACAAGAGCAGCGUGAUGCCAUUAUGAGCGAUUUUCGUAGUGGCAGCUCAAAGGUGUUGCUGAGUACGGAUAUUUUGGCCCGAGGUAUCGAUGUGCAGCAAGUGUCUCUUGUUUUGAAUUACGAUCUUCCAAAUCGUCGUGAGGUGUACAUUCAUAGAAUUGGUCGUAGUGGCCGUUUUGGGCGUAAAGGUGUAGCUAUUAAUUUUGUUACUGAGGCGGACGUGCCGUUGCUGGACCAGCUGAUGAACUACUACCACACUCAGAUACUAGAAAUGCCGGACAAUAUUAUGGAUCUUCUGAUUAUCGGUUCAACGCUGCUUUUGAUCUCCUUUUGUAAAUAUAUGUUACGAUUGAGAUUUUUGAAGAACCCAAUGGGGUCGACAGGUGACGACCGUUUUGAGCUGGACUUCUGUUUUAUCGCACUGCGGGUGUGCAAUGGUGAUGCCUUUUCUACGCUGCGACACACAUUGAACUUGCCACUUACCCUUGCCAGCGCUCACAGUCGGAGGCAGGAUCAAAGGCACCCAUAUCGGUUCUGCAAGUACUCCACGUUUGCUAGCAAUGUCAUACCUGUGCUUGAAAGUUACAAAGUCAUCACAGGCGCGUACCUCAAACCUCUUUUUGAGGUCGAUGCGUCAGUGCUCUUUGACCUUAAUGAGGUCAUCAGCGUUGCCAACAUCAUCCUCAUUCACUGA